CCAGGGGCUCGAGGGGGAGGGCGCUCCCCCCCCCCCAACCUCGGUUCCGCCCAUGGCGGAGGCCGGGAACGGGAGCCGCCCUCCGACGCCGAAGGGCUCAGAAGUGGGCUGGCCGGCGCGGCAGGGCAAGGCCCCCGAGGACCAGUCUCCCGCUGGCAGGCGGUUCAGUCAUAAGAGUGAGGCCCUGUCCCUGGCGGCCAGGACGUGCGCGGCGCCGAAGGACCACCCCGCAGAGCUGCAGCCAGGGACGCAGAAGCCGUGGAGCCCGACCUACGCGGAGCGCCCGCGCAGCGGCGGCGUGUCGAGGGGCGCCGUGCGGCCGCCGAGGACACCGGUCAUCUGGCCCUCAGAUGGGCUUCGGCCGAGCAGCGCGGCCGGCCCCCCCCACCCCCGCGGCUGGCCGGCGGUGCCGCCCCCGCUCCGCCGUCAGUGCCAGUAUUUAUGCUACUGUGACCCUGUCUGUGCCUCCG